AUGGUUCCACGCUCUCCUAGUAAAUCGCAAAUUCAUACCUCUAUUACAGAGGUAUCUCAUGCAAUUGAUCGAUCAAUUAAUGAAGCUGCAUUCCCCAUAGCGCAGACGAGUGAUGAAGAUCGCUAUUUCCUUACAAAUCCUAAACCACCAUAUUUAGAAGAUCUAAUCAAAGAUGCAAAGGAAUUUAUUGGCUUACAGCGAUCACUAAACAGAGAUAAAAUCGUUUUAGUAACAUCGGGAGGUACAACGGUUCCCCUAGAAAAUAAUACAGUUAGAUUUAUUGACAAUUUUUCUGCUGGUACAAGAGGUGCAUCAAGUGCAGAACAAUUUUUAGCUAAUGGAUACAGCGUAAUUUUCCUUCACAGAGAGUUUUCGUUAGCACCUUUUAACAGACUUUUUACACAUAAUAUGGAGGCCCAAUUUCUGGACUAUAUUGAUACUAAUGGUAAUAUUAAACCAGAAUUUAGAGAUACUGUUCUUCGUAAUAAACGUCUUUAUGACAAGUACAUGGUGGAAGAUAAAAAAUUAUUAUUACUUCCGUUUACAACAGUCAAUCAAUAUCUUUGGUCUCUAAAGAGCGUUGCAAAAUUAUUAAAUUUUAGUGGUGGUCUUUUCUAUUUGGCAGCCGCUGUAAGUGAUUUUUUUGUUCCUUAUUCUAGAUUGCCUGAGCAUAAGAUUCAAUCUAGGGAUAAGGGUGGUGAUAGCGAAGCUGAAUCGAAUUCCACAACAACUUCUGAUGGUAAAUUAAUUGUUAAUUUAGAUCCUGUUCCUAAAUUUUUAAGAAGGUUAGUCGAAUCGUGGGCUAAACAAGCCAUGAUUGUAUCCUUCAAAUUAGAGACAGACGAAAGUAUUUUAAUUCACAAAUCUACGCAGGCAUUGGACAGAUAUAAUCACCAAUUGGUAAUUGGUAAUUUAUUACAAACCAGGAAUAAACAAGUGGUAUUUGUGGAUCAAAAAAAUAGAGAAGGUACAUGGAUUAAACUCGAUGGCAGUCAUAAAUCUAUUGAAGAGAUGAUUAUUCCAGAAGUCGUAAAACAUCAUGACCGCUGGAUUCUGACUCAAGAGAAUUAA